AGAUGCAAAUAUUACCUAAUAUUCUAUUAAUCGCAUCUAGUAUGUAAUCAAGUUUGCACGUUAGAUGAUAGUUGCAUAUACUUGUUUUUGAACAUAAAGAUUAAAUUGAGUGACAGUAGCAUUGUGGUCUGUAGAGUUGACUGUCAACUAUUGCAAACUAUAAAAGUGUAGCAGAUGACCACUCUGAAUCUUACUCUUCCUAAAAAUUGUAUUUUAUGCAAUUUUAAUGUAUGUUCUUACAUUGGUGUGCAGAAAGUGGUGGUGGAAACUACGGGAGCAGUCGAUAUGAUGGUGGUGGCCGCGGUGACCGGUCCAGGGACUCCGAACUGGUCACACAGGAAGAUACAAUUUUUGUGUCUGGUAUGCCAGAUCAUGCCACAGAAGAUGACAUCAAGGAUCAUUUUGGAUCAAUUGGCAUUAUUAAGAUGGAUAGAAAGACACAACGUCCCAAAAUAUGGAUGUAUAAAGAUAAGGCAACUGGAAGAAUGAAAGGCGAAUGUACAGUGACCUUUGAUGACCCCUACACCGCCAAGUCUGCUAUUCAGUGGUUUGAUGGCAAAGCAUUUAUGGGCAGUAAUAUCAAGGUACAAAUGGCAGAGCGUCCAAAGAGCAGUUAUGAACGUGGGCGUGGUGGUGGUGGUGGAGGUGGUGGUGGUGGUGGUUAUGGAGGCUAUGGGGGCAGUGAAGAUAGAGGCAGUCGCAAUGAUAGGGGUAGCCGUGGAGAUGACAGAGGUCGCGGAGACGACAGAAGUGGCCGAGGAGAUGAUAGAGGUGGCCGUGGACGAGGAGGUGACCGGGGCUACGACAGACGUGGAGGCCCUGGAGGCCGAGAUGGCCCUGGUGGUGGUGGUGGUGGACGAGGCCGUGCUGGAGAUUGGAGGUGUGAUAGCUGUGGUAAUAAUAACUUUGCUUGGCGCAAUGCUUGUAAUCGCUGCAGCGAGCCAAAACCAGCCGGUGCUGGUGAAGAUGAUGGUGGUGGAGGAGGAGGAGGAUACCGUGGUGGAUUCCGCGGUCGUGGUGACCGCGGAGGAUACAGAGGCCGUGGCGGUGAUCGAGGUCGGGGUGGAUACAGAGACUCAGGACCAAUGAAGGGAGACCGUGGUCCAGGAAGGUCCAGACCUUACUAAAAGAAAAAACUCCUAGAAGUUAUUAGAGAUAGUUGAAAGGUGGCACAAUGUCUAACACAGAUAUUAUAAGAUAGUCAAUGCAGUAUUUUAUAUUCUUGACAUGCAAGAAGUCAGAACACUUGUUACAAAUACUUUUUUUUAUUAUUAUUAUUAUUGUUAUUAUUAUUAUUAUUAUUAUUAUUAUUAUUAUUAUUAAAUUAUUAUUAUUAUCAUCACCAUUAUCAACAAUCAUUUUGUAGACAUUGAAUUCAAAGUACAUGGUACUUUCUCUCCUCUUUGUUUCUCUCAUUUUUUUGGUUUGUAAGAUUUGACAAAUUUGUCAGACAUAGGAAUAAGCAAAGGUUGAGCACUGAAGAAAAAUAAUAAUGUUAAUAUAGCAGUACAAAAUUUCAAUAUCAGACGUUUAGCUGUACUUUCUAAAUUGAAUCAUGGGUCCACACUUUGCUCAUCAUCUUUUAGAUAAAUUUUAAAUGAUAGUCCAUAGAAUAAUUACCAAAUGUGACAGUAAUAUGGAAUGAACUCACUUGUAUAUGUUACAGCUGAAUUUUAAGAAGGCAAUUUAUGUCAGAUAUUGCCAUGGUAGCCAACUGAGUAAGAUGGCUUGAAUUAGUUACAUUCAGUGGGUUGAAUUAUAAAGGAAAUUUGGUAUCUUGUAUGAAGAUCUCAAGACAUGAUCUUAAAUAUAGAAGCAUCUUGAAGUAUUUGGAAUGGUUUCUUAUUUUGUCAUAAAGUAAUAGGAGUUUGCACAGUGCGUCUAGCCCAGAAAAAAUAUAUUUGUAAGGGUGGAUAUUCACCUCUGAAUGUUUUACUUUCUGUAACAAUAAAAAUUGAACCUUUCUCUUAUAAAA